ACAGGUGAUAAAUCAGAUCACAGCCGAUGAAGAGCUGAUGAGGCAACAACAUUCGCUUCAACGUCAACCUGCAGAUACAUCGUCUGCAGAUUCUCAUUCAAGAAGAAUUAUCCCUCAAAAUACUGCAGCAGAUCACCGACUGGACAAAAAAAGAAGGAAUGAUAGAGCAUAUAGGAAGAGACUCAAGGAAAGACAAAAGCAAACGAUGUCCACUCUGGAGACACUUGAGGCUGAGAUUGAACUAUUAAAGAGUGAAAAUGAAUCCUUGAAACAAGAAAAUGUUUUGGUGAAGCUGAGUUUUGAAACACGAUCAAAGGAACUAGAUGAGCUUAGAGAUACUUUUCAAGACUUGAACCAGAAAUUCAUCAAGAAACUUGAAAGAAAUAAAAAAUUAAAAAUACGUUUAAAGACUCUGGAGGCUGAAAAUGGAAGAUCAUUGAGGGCUGAGAUUAUUGAAUCCCUAAAAGAACGCAAUGGAAUGUCCGAAACUCAAUCAAAUGUACUGGAACAGCUUAGAAGGAAAGUGGAAAUUUUAGGAAAGGAAGUUGCCUCAAUGAAAACUUGUGGCAACAGGCAGAACUUAGAUGGAAGCAGCACCAUCUUCAUCGGAGGUUUUGGGCAAUAUGGGGAAACAGAAGGUGUCAUACAGAGCAGUCAUGCAAUGAUGCUUCCAUCAUCCCCGGCCUUCCCCACUGGUGCAAGCAGUCCAGUAAUAGAGGAGCUCUCUCCCCAGUCAUAUCAAAGUGCUGGAGAAAAAGAUGGUGACACGAUACUUGGGAAAAAGAAAUCUGAUAAUCUGUUGAGGCGAACAACAAGUGGCUGGUCAUUAAGAGAGCUACCAGAAUAUGAUGAGGAUGAAGAAGAACAUGCACAAAGGAGGAUGCCUUCCAAAAAAGAGUCAGUUAGAUAUUGCAAAAAAAGAAAGCAAGCUUACUCUGAUCCUGAGACACAAGUGGGUUCUUUAUCUUUGCCUAUUGGCUUUGCCGUCUUUUCUGCCCCUCCUUCCCCAUUUCUCGAUCUUACCCUUGUAGAAAUGCCUGAGGUAUCAAAAUUGGGAAUGCAAUUCUUUGACAGAAGGCCAUCAGACGCGUCAGCAGAUGCUGCUGUUCCUGAGCGGGAAAACCGCAAACAUGUUUAUCAGCCUCCUGCAAACAAUCCUAUAUUCUCUCAUGACCUGAUGACAAUCGACAAUUCCCAGGUAAAAAUGGUUGAGGAGACAAUAAUGAGAAUUCCUGAGUUGAACGUCGAGCUCCAUAUCACUCCUAAGGAAUCAAAAGUGGAAAUACUCUCCUUUGACAGAAGACCUUCUGACACAUCAGCAGAUGCUGCCGUUCCCGUGCAGGAAAACCCAAAGCAACAAGUUUAUCAGCCUGCUGCAAACAAUCCUAUAUCCUCUCAUGACCUGAUGAGAGUCGACAAUUUCCAAGUAAAAAUGGCUGAGGAGACAAUAAUAAAAAUUCCUAGGUUGAACCUCACGCUCCGUAUCAUGCCUAAGGAAUCAACAGUGGAAAUUCUGUCCUUUGACAGACCUCCUGACACAUCAGCAGAUGUUGCUGUUCCCGUGCAGGAAAACUCAGAACAAGAAGUUUAUCAGCCUGCAGCAAACAAUCCUAUAUCCUCUCAUGGCCUGAGAAAUUAAGGGUAAUUCAUAAUCUUAGGUUCAUUAGAUAUUAAGAAUUGUGAAAAUAUAAUCAGGUUCAUGCCAUGAUACAUAUUGCACGUGUUCUAGGGUUAUGGAUGUGUCCUCAGGGGUGUGUGUGAAGAAAUAAGUUGGAUUUGU